CACUUGAGUUUUUGCCCACAGGUGGCAAGAGGAGUCUAGGCAGUUUUGCUGGCUCCACUAGUUCCAGAACUCAGACGGAGCAGACGGAGGCUUGCUUGUCUGUAUCUUACCAGCUGCUCUGGGACAAUGGUGUUGGUUGGCAUAUGCUUCAUGAUACUGCUGCAACAUGCUGCAGGAAUGUCAAAUAUCUCAGUUUCCUCUUUAUCGACCCAUCAUCUAUCAAUCCAAAUGGAGAUUAUUAAUACGCACAAUGACAUGAGAAGGAUGGUAAAACCCACUGCUUCCAACAUGCUCAAAAUGACAUGGAAUCAUGAAGCUGCAAAGAAUGCUGAAAAGUGGGCAAAGAAAUGCACCAUGUCUCAUAGUUCUUCAUCUAAACGAAAAAUUAGCUUUGCUGGCUGCGGGGAGAAUAUACUCAUCUCCAGUCGUAUCAAAUCAUGGCCAGAUGCAAUCUAUUAUUUUUACAAGGAACUUAAAUACUUUAAAUAUGGAUUUGGACGUACUCGAGCAAAUGCUAAAAUAGGCCAUUACACCCAGGUUGUUUGGCCCACUUCCCACCAGCUUGGCUGUGCAUUAGCCUACUGUCCACAUAAGAACUUGAAGUAUUACUAUGUUUGCCAAUAUUGCCCCGGGGGAAACUAUGUGAAAACCAUGAAGACCCCAUAUAAAAAAGGAGAACCGUGUGGAGACUGCCCUCAUCAUUGUGAUGAUGGGCUUUGCACCAAUCCCUGCAUGCAUGUGAAUAAGUACUCGAAUUGUGACAACUUGGUCAGAAAACACGGCUGUGAUACAAAAGACAUGAUAGAAAGCUGCCCGGCUACCUGCAAAUGCCCAACAGAAAUAAGAUAGAACAUUGUUUAAUGCUGCUGUUUCUUCUCAAGAGCAACGUGACUCCACUUAGAAACAAAAUUACUGUAAAAAUUUCGGGUCUUGCUUUAUCAGUUCACACAUGUUUGAAAAAGUCUUCUAUUGAAUAUAUUCUCUUUCAGCAAUUAAAUUUGAUAAUAUCUUAAUUUUAAAAAGUAAUAAGAACAGUAAAUUUAGUAACUGUGAAAUUUAGAUAAAAAUGUAAUGCUGAAUCUAAUAAAUUAUUUAGUCAUCAUAGUUGAU